AUAAACGUCGCCAAGCUUGUGCUAACAGCUCGAGUCGGGCUCCGAGGACGGGCUGGAAGCGAUACAUGACACACAUCGGGGGAUUUUUUUUUUCCGUCACCAAAACCGAGAACGAGGAGCGAGUAACAACGCGAUAGGGAUUUCUUUGUUACGGUGGUAACGUCGACGCGGAAUAUAUCGAGUGGAACCACGCUGCGACCUUUAUGUAAGGUCAAAGCCCUAAAGCAACGGGUCACAGACGGGAGGAGAGACUCGGGAGAAAAGCAUCUGGCCACAGACAGGGAUAAGCUGUGUUUUUAUUUUUUUGUUCAGUCUCUGAAUCCCAACUUGAACCAAGACGUUAUCUCACACACACGCCAUGGAGGCCAUUGCCAAAUACGAUUUCAACGCUACUGCUGAAGAUGAGCUUAGCUUUAAGCGUGGAGAGGUCCUUAAGGUAUUAAAUGAAGAGUGUGAUCAGAACUGGUACAAGGCAGAACUAAAUGGAAAAGAUGGCUUCAUUCCAAAGAAUUACAUUGAGAUGAAAGCCCAUCCGUGGUUCUUUGGGAAGAUCCCUCGGGCCAAAGCAGAGGAGAUGCUCAACAAACAAAGGCACGAUGGCGCCUUCCUCAUUAGAGAGAGUGAGAGUGCACCGGGUGACUUCUCCCUCUCGGUCAAGUUUGGGAACGAUGUGCAGCACUUCAAGGUUCUCCGUGACGGCGCCGGGAAGUAUUUCCUGUGGGUGGUGAAGUUUAACUCCCUCAAUGAGCUGGUGGACUACCAUCGCUCCACUUCAGUCUCCCGUAAUCAGCAAAUCUUUUUGCGAGACAUCGAGCAGGUCCACCAGGUAACAACGAGCACGCAUCCCACAUACGUGCAGGCGCUCUUUGACUUCGACCCGCAGGAGGAAGGAGAGUUGGGCUUCCGACGAGGCGACUUCAUCCAAGUCCUGGACAACUCUGACCCCAACUGGUGGAAAGGUGGUUGCCACAGCCAAACGGGCAUGUUCCCGCGCAACUACGUCACGCCGGUCAAUCGGAACAUGUGAAACAGUCCAGCCAUGUAAACGGCUCCUGCACCACCACCAUCAUCAUUCUAGAUGUCAUCAGUCCCUCCACCUUCAUCCGAUCCCCACACAACCCCUCCCCUAUUCCUCUUCGCCAAACCCACAAUAACAGGAGCAGAGAGGAAGAAUGCAAACAAUUGGAGAGAGAGAGAGAGAGAGAGAGAGAGAGAGAGAGAGAGGGAGAGAGAGGGGGAGAGAGAGAGAGAAGACAAGACAGGAGUGCUGUUACAGGCGGCGCUUUGUGGUGCGUGGCAGCUGAGCAAAAUCCACCUCGACUUUCACUGAGACUGUGAAUACCUCGGUGAGUAUUGGAACUGCCUUGGAGGGAAAGCGAUAACCAAAUGAAUUGACACCCAGAGCAGCUUCUGUCUUCUCCUUAACUUCUUAACAUUCUGCCGCCUUUUGUUUGCUUUUGCCGCAUGUUCUUUUAUCAGCCACAUCUGUUUUAAAGGAAAUAAAAUGACAGAAAAAUAUUUAAAAAAAACAAAAAAAAAAAAUGUUUUAAAAAAAAAACAAAACAAAAAAAAAACAAGAACUGAUGCCAUAUACAGCAAGUUUUCAUGUCUACGAUGAUUGAGCAUUGUACAUCAGCCACUGGCUGUAUAAAUAAACCAACUAUAGAGAGAAUCCAUUUUUUAAGAAUCUAUAUUAUAUAUUUGUAUGUGUUUGUAUUAGCUCUCAUCACAAAUUUGUUAAUUAUGUUCAAUGGUUUGUUCGUCCGGAUAAGACCUAGUAGCUCUAGAAUGUGCUGAAUUGUCCUUCGUUUCUAUUUGAGAGGUCUCUGAUAAACCGCGACAGCAUGAUAUUUCCUCUUGUCCCUCACACAAGGGAAGUCCACUUCGCAUCGGGAGAAGAAACCAAUCGUGCAGGGAAGCUCCUGUUGUUGAGCAGCAAGUGUACGCAGCCGUGAAUGCAAGCCAUGUAUGACGUCAGCCAACCCCCCCCCCCCCCCCAAGGAAAUUUAUUUUUCACAGCCAUUUGAAUGUAGCUGACAGAGUCCGGGGAAGCAGGCUCGGAGAAGUGAAAUACACGGCCGUGCAAGGGAAAACGCGCUGUAAUGUUAUCCACAUUCAUUCAUCACAUGUACAGUACAGCUAGCUAACGGGCAUACUUUGCUAAAAGCUUUCCUCGUCAUACGUGCGCAUAGCAUGGAGGCUGAGAUAAUCACGCGUAAUCGCCAGUCUGCAACUGGCACACACAAACACUUCCCAAAAUUGAGAGAUUGUCCAUUUUUUUGUUGUUGUUGUUCAGAUGACAGAUCAGUUUAAGUGAUAUUAAAGAUUUUUGUUUUCGA